AUGACUCAUACAAUAGAUAUUGAAGCAUUGAAGAAAGAAAUUCGUGAACAAAUUUUAUCCGAACUGAAGGAACAAAAACCAGAACAAAAGCCAGAGAGACCAAAGAGAAAACUUAGUGAAAAACAACUUGCUGCAUUAGCUGCUGGAUGUUUAAAGAACCCCCGAAUGCAAUCCAAACUCGCAAGGCUAGCUGCUGAAAAAGAAAAGGCAGAGAAGGAAAAACAAGACAAAAAUAACGAAGAGUCUAAAUAA